AUGAUCAACUACAAUCCGGAAACCUACAGCACAGACUUCGAUGUUGCCGACAAGCUCUACUUCGAAGAACUCUCUUACGAACGUGUCAUGGAUAUUUACGAACUUGAAUCUGCUUCAGGUGUCGUCGUCUCUGUCGGUGGUCAACUCCCUCAGAACAUGGCUCUCAAGCUCCAGGAAAGUGGCAAGGCCAAGGUUCUCGGUACCGACCCCAAGGACAUUGACAGAGCUGAAGACCGUCAACAAUUCUCUUCCAUCCUCGACUCUAUCGGUGUUGACCAGCCUGCCUGGAGCGAACUUACUUCCUACGCUGAGGCUCAGCAGUUCGCCAACAAGGUCGGCUACCCCGUUCUCGUUAGACCCUCUUACGUCCUCUCUGGUGCUGCCAUGACUGUUAUCCGCUCCGAGGCCGAACUCGAGGAGAAGCUCAACGCCGCCGCCGAAGUCAGCCCUGACCACCCUGUCGUUAUCACUCAGUUCAUCGAAGGUGCUCGCGAAAUUGAUGUCGAUGCCGUUGCUCAUGACGGUAAGGUCCUUGUCCACGCUGUCAGUGAGCACAUCGAGAACGCUGGUGUCCACUCUGGUGAUGCUUCUCUUGUCCUCCCUCCUGCCAAGCUCCCCGAAUCUACCAUCAAGCGUGUCAAGGAGAUCGCCGACAAGGUUGCCAAGGCCUGGAAGAUCACUGGUCCCUUCAACAUGCAAAUCAUCGAUGCCGACAACCCCAACGGCGGCGAGUCUUCUCUUAAGGUCAUCGAGUGCAACCUCCGUGCUUCUCGUUCAUUCCCCUUCGUUUCCAAGGUUCUCGGUACCAACUUCAUUGAUGUUGCCACUCGCGCUCUUACCAGCACCAACGUCCCCGAGCCUGUCGACCUUAUGGCCGAGAAGCGUGACUAUCUCGCUGUCAAGGUUCCUCAGUUCUCCUGGACUCGUCUUGCUGGUGCCGAUCCCUACCUCGGUGUCGAGAUGUCUUCUACUGGUGAAAUGGCUUGCUUCGGUAAGGACCUCGUUGAGGCCUACUGGGCUGCUGCUCAAUCUAUGAUGAACUUCCGUUGCCCCCAGCCUGGUGAGGGUCUCCUCUUCGGUGGAGAUAUCAACAACCCUGAUCUUGCCAAGAUUGUCGACUACGUCAACCCCCUCGGUUACAAGCUCUUCGCUGCCAACGAGACUGUCAAGAACCACCUUGAGAGCAACUCCAAGGACGGCAGCGUCAAGGUCGAGGUCAUUGAGUUCCCCAAGGAGGACAAGCGUGCCCUUCGUGAGGUCUUCGAGAAGUACGACAUCCGUGGUGUCUUCAACUUGGCCAAGGUCCGUGCCAGCAGUCUUGUUGACGAGGACUACGUUAUGCGCCGCAACGCCGUCGACUUUGGUGUCCCUCUCUUCAUGGAGACCAAGACUGCCCUUCUCUUUGCUCAGUGCAUGAGCGAGAAGCUCCCAAGCCUGAGGGUAUUCCCUCUGAGGUUCGUCCCUGGGCCAGCUUCAUUGGCGGCCGUCCUCUGUAAAAACAUACUCUUUACACGGUUGUUGGUUCCUCAGACCACAACCUUUCUUAUAAAUAUCUAUGGUGGUGAUUUACGGCGGGAGUGA